AUGCCGGUUUCAAUUUCGUCACUCACCACGCUGCGAUCACGUCCCGUCCGUGCGCCAGUCAACCGGCGCCAUCAGCCGCAGAUCUGGACUUUGUUCUUGCUUCCUCACACUCCACCUCCAGCACACCACCAACAUGUAAGCUGCGGCGUGUGCGAUGCAGCUGACAUCAGGCCUCCGAAAGGCGGGCGUUUCCAGCCGCGCAAGUCGAAUGCGUCCACCCCGGCGCCGAAUGAUGAACCAGUGAGUACUGGUGUACGUUCUUCCUUCCCAUUGCCUCAGCUUGCUGGAGAUCACGUACAAGCUAACACUCAGCUGCUUGUUGAGAAGCUGAGCUACGCCGACGCUCCUCGGCCAUGGAAGAACCCCAACUUUGUCUCCGCUCUCCCGUCCAGGACAGCUUCGGGCGCGACCGCUGCCGGCUUCAAGCGUAAUGCGAAGCAGCUCUUGACCCUCGAGCGCGAGCGCAUAGGUGGCGGUGACGGGUUCCUGUCGGCUGCACAGACGGCGGCAAAGGCGCGCGGAGAGCCGAUUGAGCCCGUCAAGAAGAAGAAGAAGGAGAAUCCGAUCGGCAAACCGCGGUCCUCGCUCAAGGGUCGCCGGAGCGGCGUCGCUACGCCCAUGACGAUCGAUGACUCGGAGAUGAGCGGGACUGCGACGCCGAUGGAGGUCGACGAGGACGAGGAGGGGGAGAUGCUCGAGGACCGUGGAGAGGUCAUCACGUACCACACACCGACGGCGCCGCCCUCGCUCCUCCCUGCCAAGAAGUACUGCGACAUCACUGGUCUGCACGGUCCGUACACGGACCCGCGGACGAAGCUUCGGUACAAGGGCGUCGAGAUGUGGAACAUUGUGCGCAACCUCGGCCCCGGCGUCGACCAGGCGUAUCUCGCUCUGCGCGGCGCCCAGACGUCCCUCAAGUGA